GAGAAAGCUAUAGUGAAUAAAACAAUGCUGAGACCACAAGGGCAAUAAAAAAAAACACCAAACUAUUACCAUUACCUUUUUACUGGUAAGCUUUUCUUUAGGGCACUGUUGCGGCGUUUGAGCUGGGGUCAGCCAUUGCAUUUUCCGCUUACGGUUACGUAAAGAAUCCACUUUUCCAGUGAUUAGUGUGCUGUAUAACAUGAUACCUUUGCCUUUCUUAUUGGAAAAUGGAACACUGCUACGAAAAUUUCCAGUGCCAUCUGUCAUGUGUGUUCCAACACUUAAAUAAAUAUGAUUCCUUGUAUUUUGUAAAUAAACUAUUUUCACUAAAUAAAACCUAUGAAAAUGGAAGCAAAAGAUGUUUGUGUCGAAAUAGAAAAUGAUGAAUUUUACAGUAAGUUCCUAAACGAUUCAAUAAAGCCACUGGUCGGGGAAAAUUUAUCAGUCACCGAUCAAGUCACUAAACUUGCCCAAGGUAUCGAAAAACUCGGGAAAAGCUUGGAAAAGCAAGUACUGGCUAAACACAACGACCUUCUAACACAGGCGAGUCACAUUUCCGAUUUGGAAAACACGUUGGAGUCGGUACAAUCGCAAGUUCAAAACCUAUUACGUGGUGCCGAAAAAUUAAAAGAAAGAGUACACACGCCUUAUUACGCACUUGAAAAUCAGACUAUUAUGCUAGAACGAGUUCAAACAACAUGUAAUCUGCUAAGACAUGCAUCCAAAAUAUUAACUCUGUGGAACAAACUCCGAACCAUUAAAGAUAACCCUUCAAAGGAAGCUAUCAUACUUUUUGAUCUUAAUGAACUAAUCGGUGAUUACGAUUUCCAAGGCAUUAUUAUAUUAGAAGAGAUUUUGAGUGCCGUUAAUCAAAGAAGAAAUGAAUUAUUAAAUGAAUCAACUAAUUCACUUCAAUCCAGUUUACUAAAUGGAGACAAAGCAAAACUAUUGCAAUGCUUUAGAGUUUUUCAAAACUUACAAUGUACUGAAGAACAAAUUAAAAAAACAGUUGACAACAUGUUAAAUGAUUUGAAAAAGGAAAUUAAUUCGGCUCUCAAUGUGCAGAUGGUAUCCAUUGAAGUCAAAAAGUCUAGUUCAGGGAGAGUGGCUCCAGGCAAAGCAAACAUAAUGAAUGCACAAGAUUUUAAAUUAAAACUCUGGGAUAACAUUGAUAAACUAUUCAAAGUUGAUAUAUACAAUAGCUGUACAAAGGUUAUAAUGUUGCAAACUGUAAUGAAUGAAUUGCACGCUAUCGGAAACUUCAGAACUAUCGCUAAGAAAUUCUGGUCUGACUUAUGCCUGGUAUUUAGUAAUGAACUUGAAAAGAGUUCCUUGACUGUUAACCAGUCUGUAGAAAUUGACUAUCCUAAACUAUUGAAAUGCUUUAAUGAUCUUCUCUCAAAACUCAAAUGUAAAGAUUUGGAACUAAACAGAUCCUGUUUAAUUAAAUGGGAGAACUCUUUCUUAUCAAAGUCUUUGGGUAAAUUAUUGGAGCCUGUUCGUAGUAUAUGGCAUUUAAAUCAAGUACCAACAAUGGAUCAGAUUGACAAUGCUGUUAGAGUUAUAUCAGAAGCAUUGAGCAUUUCUCUUGGAGAUAAGCAGCUGAGCAUAAGCUUGGCCAACAGCGUUGCCAAGUCAAUCAAGCAGAUGAAUGUUGAAGCCGAACAGAGGCUGUCAAUGGAUAAUGAUGUCGCCCAAAUCAUUGAAUCACCCACCAGCUCACAACAGAAGAAUGCUGAUCUUUGCAAUAGCUUGUAUUACUUCUCAACUCAAAUUAAAAGAGUUCUCUUGAAUAUGAAUUCAAUGUUGCCUCAGGAGAGUGUCCAAAUUGUACAUAAUAGUCUAAAAGACAUUUCUAGUUUACCUGUACUUCUAAUGUUUGCUGAAUCAAUUAAGAAUUCCUUGUAUAUUAUCUUAAUGACAUUACAUGAUGAGCCAGAUCUAAUCAGAGCUGAUGACCCGAUUGGCAAGAGUCUAUCUUGUUCUCCUUACAUGAAAGAAUUACAACAGUUUGUGUCUAGAUGCAAAGAUAUUUACUUGUCCAUGUAUAACGAAAAACCAGCAUUGAAUGAAUGUUAUAUGAACAUAGCAAGAUCUUGUAUUGAACGGUUUAUUUACCACAUUUGUAAUGUCCGCCCUCUUAGUAAAUUCGGUAGGGUUAAACUACAAAUUGAUUGUAAGUAUCUCGAAGUAGCAUUGUCUCCAUUAGUUAGCGACAUGACCGAAAUUGGAGAUUAUUAUAGACAACUAAAAGCUCUGCAUCUGUUAUUGGAAAAAACACCUCAAGAAAUAGCAAAGAGUCAAUCGGAAGGUGCGAGUCUGCCUUAUUCUAUGGUCAUGAUGUUUUUAUUUUCCCAUGCAGGACAUCAACUCCUUGCACCCCAUACCUGUGCAGGGUGGAAUAUUCAGAAAUUGAUGCAGUGGUUAGAUACGCAUAGAAGUGAAAAAGAGAGGCUAGAUUUCGUAGCCGGUGCUCUACAGAGAUACCAAAAUCAUAUCAGACAGAAUCAGAUAGCGAGUUACGAUGAAGUCUACCCUGUGUUGCUACAAAUGCUAGAAGAUGGUAGAAAUUCUUUGAGAAUUUAAUAAUUUACUUAUAAUAAUUAAAUAGGUUUUUAACUAUUAUUUAUCUUUUUGUUAUAUGGAAAAGCACCCCACAAUUUUGAUGUUUCCAGAAGUCAGAAUUAAUCAGUCGUUAGUGUGAUUUCCGUCACUUACUUUGCGAUAUGAGAUACAUUUUGUUAAAUCUCCAGAAGUAUUUGUAUUUAAAUCAAAGUAGAAAGAUACAAAUAAACUAAAAUACAUUAAGGA